CGCGGGCGGCUGGCGUCAGUCCCGCGCCGCGCCUCGCUCGCAGCGCCCGUCCUCGCUGCCGCUACCGCCUGCGCGCCCGCUCCACAAUGAAGGCAAAAGCUAAAGGUGCUCGAACCAAAAAUAUGGACAAGCUGAUAGCAGCUGUCCAGGCAAGGGAAUGUUUGUGGGACAAAAGUUACAGAGGUCACAGGAAUCGGUUUAAGUUGGAGCGGUAUUGGAACGAGGUGGCCGCGGAGGUUGGGACGACGAGUCUCAACUGCCGCAAGAAAUGGAAGAAUCUCAAAGAUCAAUGCAGGAAAGAGAUGAAGAAACUACCAGCAGAAUCCGAAUGGCCACACUUCCAGAAGCUCAAGUUUAUUCAUCACCAAUUCAUGACUGAGGAUGAAGAAGGUGAUGGGGAAACGACCGCUGAUGAAGUGUUUAACUCCCUUGAUGAAUCUAUUAAAAGACCUAAACUAGGAUAUACAAUGAGGAAGAAGUUAUUAAUGAAUAAGAGAAGAACUAUUGAUGUGGAUAUGAAUAAGCUGAUAGAACUAGUGAGAGCAAGGGAUAUUAUUUGGAACAGGUCUUUGAAAGGACAUCAUAAUUGGUACAAACUUGAUGAGAGUUGGAAAGAGAUAGCUCAGGAAUUAGAUUGCACUCGUGACGAGGCGAGAUUAAAGUGGAAAUACUUGAGAGACCAAGCUAGGAAAGAAGUCAGGAAACCCAUGGGAUCAGACUGGGAGUAUCUGCCCAAGCUGCAAUUCCUUACCAACCAAUUCAACGAUUACGAAGGUACAGAGAUUCCUGAAGACUCAUACACACAGGACUAUGAUGCUGACCAAAGCGGUAGUUUCUUCCUAGAACAACCAGCAGAAGUAAAUGUCAAAGAAGAUGAGUUUGACGAAUUUGACACAAAACCUGUCAUUAUGGAGACAGAUUUCUAUGAUGAUGACGAUGACGCUCAAAAGAGUGCUAUUACUGAAUCUAAUGAGCCAACAAAGGAUGAAGAUAUAGGUUUCUUUAAUAGCCUUCUUCCUCAUGUGAAGAAAUUAUUACCAGCCAAAAAGCUGAUGCUGAGAAUGAAAAUUCAGGAACUAGUUUAUAACACAGUUUAUAACGAAACUUAGUUUUAAAUACUACUAUAUAGAAGCUUAUUCAGAAAAAUAAGAAUAUAACAGGUGCCUACACAAGGUUAGCCUGAAGAAUGUUAUAGUGGUUAAUUUUUGAUACUUUUGAAGAAGUGCAAUUUAGCAUAGAUAUUUUUAUUUAUACCGCAGAAGCAAUAGAGUCGCCUUUGAAUGAGAACGUACAAAACAUAAUUAUUGACAUCUCUAAAAUAAAAAAAUAAAUAUUAAAUGUGUAGUAUGAUUGUGGCCAUUUUCCGAUAGAUGGCGUUGAAGUCAACGUUUGAAGUUCAUUAGUUUUUUUGAAUAGUUUGAGUUUUUUUGAAUAGAAAGUUCGAAAAAUAAGAAAUUAUUUUGUAGAAGUAUCCUCAACUGUUUUAGCUAAAAAUUGACAGUCUUACUUAUAAACGUGAAUUAAAUAUAAGUAAUACUUAAGGGCUGUUUAAAAAAUUCUUACUUAUAAACAUUGCUUAAGCAUUUCUUAACUAACAUUUAAUCACUACUUAAGACUUUAAGUAGUGAUUAGUUAAAAUGUUGCUUAGACGGUGAUUAGAGAUUUUAUAAGUAAGGGGGUGAGUCAUUACAUUUCCUUCUUGGGUUUAAUUACGAGUUAUACUUACUAUUGUGGAAUGAAUCCGAAAAUAAGACUUAAUCUUACAAUUAGUUUUUUUUUAUAUCAUUGCAAUUCAAAAAAGCAUAAUCAAAAACGUGUAAGACUGAUUUUUUAUUUUUCUGAGUAAGUUUAAUAUCUAAAAUAAAUACUUUUAAGUUCGAAAAAUAAGAAGCUUUUAGUUUUUGAUUCGUUGUACAUUUCAUUUUUAUUUUAUUUAGAUUGAAUGCUAUUUAUUAGUAUUAGAGGAUAGGUACUUUAUGAUUGUCCGGGAGAAUGAUGGUGAUGAUAAACGGCCGAUCUCAGUAUUUUAUCUAUCUGUGGUUUUAUUUACUAGAAAUCCACUAUUGACAUGAGCCCGAUACAAGUUAUGUCAUAUUCAUAUAUUUACUAAGCAAAGUGUCAGAUAGAUAGAAUAUUAAUGACCGCGAGUGAUUACAAUAUGCUUAUACUUUGGAUAUUGUAAAAAAAUUGGAUACAUGCGACUAUCCUGGUAAAUUAUAAUGUUCUGGUUAACGUGCCGAAAAAUAUGUUUCUAUAAAGAUGAUGAAAAGUCACAGACUAAGAAGGAAAAUAAAAAAAGGAUAUUAAAAAAAAUUGGAUACAUGCGACUAUCCUGGUAAAUUAUAAUGUUCAGGUUAGCGUUCCGAAAGAUAUGUAUCUAUAAAAAAGAUGAUAAAAUAAAAAGUUGUAGACAAACAAGGAAAAUAAGAACCGAAUAAAGGUAUCAACAGAUCUGGAAUAUUUAUUUUUAUUGGUAUAUGUUGGAAACAAAUCACAAAAUAUACAGAGUGUUACAAAAGCACCUGUAUUCAAGCUUAAAAGGGGCUAGAUAGCUCCUUGUAAAGAGUCAGUUAAUCGUGUUUUGUUUUUUAAAUCAAAAUGUCGAUUUUUCACAAAUUGUUUGCUCUGUUACAAUAAUCUACAUUGGAUCUUAUUUACAUUUGAACGAUUUUUUUGGCUGUGAUAAUUUAUUGUAUUUUUUGGAUACUUUUGUAACACGCUGUGUAAACCUAUUGUCGAUUUUUAUUAAUGAAAACAUCACAUAAUUUUAUUUAAGUUAGAACAUGACUGUUAUUAUAUUAAAUAGUGAUAAUAUGAUGAUAGAUUUUUCAAUAAAUACAAAAAUAUAUAUUCACAGCUUAAAAAGUAUUUAUUCAAUACAUACAUCUUCGUAUUGAUCGCUAUUUAAGACUCUUUUGUAUAAAAGAUAAGAUAUUCAUAAGAAGCUUUACAAUAUUGUAAUUUAAAAAUAUGUAUAAGAAAGAAAAAUAAACAACCUGGACAAAAUAA